AAUGGGCUUUCAAGACCCUCAGUGCCAGAGAGAAACGUCCAGAAACUUGGUGCAGUCGAUCAGUCUUUAAGGGCUGAAGAUUCAGUGUUGGUGCAAGACAGAGGCAGCGGCGACGGGUCCAGAGAGGGGCAGGGCGCCCCCAGGACACACAGCAAAGGCCGGGCGUGGCCCGGACACAGCUCCUGCCUCCAGGUGUGCCUGUCUCCUGCGAGAGGCGCGGGACGGAGGGCAGGCAGCCGGGGUUGCCUCUGCAGGCUCAGAUAUGCGCCUCCAGGCCUGUCUUUAAAGACAUCCCGGCCCCCGCCGGCUGCCCCACCAGCUGGGAGCCACCAGCUGGGAGCCCCAGGGGCCUGUAUGCUUCCCGAGGACCCUAUUAGGAGCAUCCCCAGGAGCCUGAGGCCCUUGUCAGCUAACACCUUGGACGAAAACCAGCACCUCGGGUCCCCCAAACCGCAGCCACCGUGCCAGCUCAGGCCUCUGCUGCGGCGUCUCCCCGCUCCCACCACCCUUCUCCAGGGGAUCUUGUGCACAGAGCUCCACCCGUCCCAUGGCCAGAAGAUGGAGGCACUGAGAUUUAGGCACAACAUGCAUUUCUACAAUGACAUCUCUCUGUCUGACUGGUUUACCCUUUUUGGGUCAUCAGAUUGUGAAUUCAUCAGACCGUGAAUUUUGGAUGGAUCUGAUUCAUCCCGAUGAUCCUAGAACCCAGCACUACACUGAACGGACAGCAGACCAGCAUGAGUGCUCCCCAGCCCACCGUGCCAGAGCCAAGCCCGGCUGAGGAGGCUGGAGGCCCAGCAGGGAAGGCUGUGGCAGGUUCCCGGGAGAAGGGCCCUCGGCUGGGCCAGCGACUGCCCUCCAUCGUGGUGGAGUCCAGCGAGGUGGGUUCUGUGGAGAGUGGGGAGCUGCGUUGGCCCCCAGAGGGCGCCCUGAGGGGGUCAGCCCAGAGCCAGGUUGCUUCUGCCCCCUCAGCAAGUCUGCCAGGAGCACCAGGGAAGGUUCCGGAUGACGCUGGCAGUGAGUGUGGCAGCUGCCAGGCCCAGGCCCCCCAGUGAGAAGACUAGGGCUCGGCACCCCUCACCCCUGCUCGCUGACAGCUGAGAGGCCUCAGCCCCAGGGCAGCAGGGCUGCUGCUUGGAGCAGGGAGAGCACAGCCUCAUGGGGUGUGGCCAGGACCCCGGGCCGCCCUCACCAGUCCACAGCCCAGAGGGCCCAUCACACCCUCCUUGCUCCUCGGUAUGAAGCAGAAAUAAAGGCUCUGCUGGUG